AUGAGCCUCACUCUCAUUGAGGGUGCUGCUGCCAAAGGAGCUGUCUGCUUAGAUGGUACAUUGCCCGGUUAUCAUCUUCACAAUGGCUCUGGAUCUGGUGCAAACAGUUGGGUGGUCCAUUUAGAGGGUAGGGGAUGGUGCAAUACAGUGAGGAAUUGCGUUUACAGGAAAACUACUCGUCAUGGUUCAUCAAAGUUUAUGGACAAGGAAGUAGCUUUCACAGGAAUAUUGAGUAAUAAAGCUGAAGAAAACCCUGAUUUUUUCAAUUGGAACAGAGUAAGGAUACGGUACUGUGAUGGGGCUUCUUUCAAUGGAGCAGGCCAGGACGAGGCCAUGGGAUUCCUAUCUCCUCUAGCAAAGCUGCAACUUCAAAACCGGUACUCCAUGACGAAGAAGAGGGGCUUCCAGCCUCAGGCUGGGCAUCCGGAAUCCACCGAGCAUCCCAUACUCUCAUGGGCUUCCAACUUCAAGCUGGGCAUCCGGAAUCACUAG